AUGCUGGAAAGUGAAAACAUAGAAUUAGUUGAUAAAAAGGAUGUAAUAAAUGAAAAAAAUAUUGAUGAAAAUAGUGAAGAGAAAGAACGCGCUAUUAAAAACCUUCGAGUAACUCAUUCAUCACCUUCUGAACAACGUGAUGAACUGCUACAGUACAUAGUAAGCAAAGAACGUAAAGUUUUGGAACUUCGUGAAGAGUUGAAACGUCACGAAGAAGAAUUACUAUUAUUAAAGAAACAAUGGCAAGCCAUUGCCUCCAAGGAUAUAAAUGCUGAAAAUACUUCAUAUGCAUCCUCAAUAUUUUCGAUUCCGUCGAACAUUUCUAAUAAUAUUGAAGUUACUGGGUUUAUGAAUGGUUUAGGGAAGGGAAUUCAUAGUGUUAUAGAUGGUAUACAUAAUUUGAAAGAAAGCGAAACAACUCGUGAAAAGUUAUCGCAGAUUAAAACGGCCGUUUCGGAGGUUGCAAAUAUUCGGUCGAUUCAACAAACUCGGCAAAAAACCGCAGAUCUCACUUCUCAAGCUUGGUCCAACAUAAGCAAAGGAAUUUCCUCCUUGGUUGACUACGAAGCCAUUAAAAAUGCCCGUAAAAAGUCCUACAAGUCAGUCCCAACAGCAGAGACGUCGGAAACAUCAACUAUCAAUACUGCAAUAUCACCGACAACAUCUCCAGUUACAACAUCUCCGACCUCAUCAAUAUCAAAAGAUCUUAUUUGGUCAGCCAUAAAUUCAGAGCUUGAUAAUGAAAAAAACCUAUCGGUUGACAAAGAUGACUCCAUCAACGAAAAAAAUCUUUAUAAUGAAAAGAUUGAAGGUGUGCUAGCAGGAUCUCCAAAAGAUGAAUUUGAAGAUCAAUUGGUUUACGUUAUUGGUGAUGAUUUUGGUGAUAUUUCAUAA